AUGGUCACUGCUUACAAUUUAAAAGAAUCAAAUCUUUUCAAGCCAAUUAAAGUUGGUGAUGUUACCUUAAAGAACAGAGUUGCAUUAGCUCCAUUAACAAGAGGUAGAAACUCAGAUGAUCACAUUCCAUUCGAUUAUGUCAAAGAUUACUAUGAUCAACGUUCAAGAAGAGAAGGUACUUUAAUUAUUUCUGAAGCUGUUUUAGUCUCAUUCAAAUCAUCUGGUCAAUAUCAACCACCAGGUAUUUAUAAUGAAAAACAAGCUCAAAAAUGGAAAGGUGUUAUUGAAGCUAUUCAUAAGAAUAAAUCAUUCUUCUUCUUACAAAUUUGGGCUUUAGGUUUAUAUGCUGAUCCUGCUUUAACAAAAUCACUUGGUUUGAAAUAUUUAGCUCCAAGUUCAAAUGUUUAUAUUAAAAAAGAAGAUGAAGAAGCUGCUAUUGCUGCUGGUAAUCCUUCAUAUGGGUUAACCACUCAAGAAGUUGAGGAGUAUAUUCAAGAUUUUGUUAAUGCAGCUAAGAAAUCUAUUGAAUUAGGUGCAGAUGGUGUUGAAUUACAUGCUGCUAAUGGUUAUUUACCAUUCCAAUUCUUAUAUGAUAAUUUAAACAAAAGAACUGAUAGAUAUGGUGGUUCAAUUGAAAAAAAAGCCAAUUUCAUUCUAGAUAUCGUUGAUGGUGUUGGUAAAGCAGUAGGUUAUUCUAAAAUUGGUGUUAGAUUAUCACCAUUCUUUAGAACUUUGGAAGAUGUUGACUUUUUUGAAGAUCAAACCAUUGCAACUUAUUCAUAUUUAAUUGGUGAAUUAGAAUCAAGGAGAAAACAAGGUAAAAAAAUUGCAUUCAUUCAUCUUGUUGAACCAAGAGCAGAUCUUGUUACUAAAAACCUACAUAUCACUAACGAUUUUGUUUAUCAAAUCUUUAAAGGUGUUAUCGUUAGAGCUGAUGGUUAUACUAGUGAUUUUGAUAAAUUAAGAAAACAUGUUCAAGCAGAUGAAAGAACAGUUAUUGCUUUUGGUCGUCAUUUCAUUUCUAAUCCAGAUUUAGCUGAUAGAUUAGAAAAUGAUUGGCCUUUAACACCAUAUGAUAGAUCUUCAUUUUAUGUAGGUGGUGAAAAAGGGUACCUUGAUUAUCCAUUUUAUGAACAAAAAUAG